UUCUAUAUAAACACGACUGCAGACCCCCGAAAUAUCAUCAGUCACAAUUCAAAGCUAAGCGAGUUCAACUUCAAGCAAGCCCAACACACAAAAUGUUCAAAUACGUCGCCAUUGUUGCCCUUCUGGUUGCCUCCGUCAGCGCCGGUCUCAUUGAGACUCAUAGCGUGCUCCACGAGCCCGUGCUGGCCAAGGUGGGCACCGUUGUCCACAGCGCUCCCUCGGCUGUCUCCCACCAGAGCAUCACCCAGGUCCACAGCAAGCCAGUCGUCCAGCACGUUGUUGCUCCCGUCCUGAAGACCACCAUCCACGCUGCUCCAGCUGUCCAUGCCGUCCAUGUUGCUCCUGCUGUGGUGCCAGUCGUCCACUCCGCUCCUCUGGUCAAGUCCGUGCUGCAUACAGCUCCCCUGGCCUACACUCUGCACCAUUAGAUGUGACUUUAUCUCUG